AUGGUUCUGGACGCCAAUCCAGAGAAGUGCAAGUGGAGGUGCCUCGAACAGCUCUUUGUUCAAAGUUGCAGUCACCUGAAUGAUAGUGACUUGCGUCAGUUCCCCAGUGAACAUGACCUCAAGCAGUCCCCUCAAGCAGUUCCCUUCAAGCAGUUCCCCUCAAGCAGUUCCCUUCAAGCAGUUCCCCUCAAGCAGUUCCCCUUCAAGCAGUUCCCCUCAAGCAGUUCCCCUCAAGCAGUUCCCUUCAAGCAGUUCCCCUUAAGCAGUUCCCUUCAAGCAGUUCCCCUCAAGCAGUUCCCCUCAAGCAGUUCCCUUCAAGCAGUUCCCCCUCAAGCAGUUCCCCUCAAGCAGUUCCCCUCAAGCAGUUCCCCUUCAAGCAGUUCCCCUCAAGCAGUUCCCCUCAAGCAGUUCCCCUCAAGCAGUCCCCUUCAAGCAGUUCCCCUCAAGCAGUCCCCUUCAAGCAGUUCCCCCUCAAGCAGUUCCCCUCAAGCAGUUCCCUUCAAGCAGUUCCCCCUCAAGCAGUUCCCCUCAAGCAGUUCCCCUCAAGCAGUUCCCCUCAAGCAGUUCCCUUCAAGCAGUUCCCCUCAAGCAGUUCCCCUCAAGCAGUUCCCCUCAAGCAGUUCCCCUCAAGCCCCUUCAAGCAGUUCCCCUCAAGCAGUUCCCCUCAAGCAGUUCCCUUCAAGCAGUUCCCCUCAAGCAGUUCCCCUCAAGCAGUUCCCCUCAAGCAGUUCCCCUCAAGCAGUUCCCCUCAAGCAGUUUCCCCUCAAGCAGUUCCCUUCAAGCAGUUCCCUUCAAGCAGUUCCCCUCAAGCAGUCCCCUCAAGCAGUUCCCUUCAAGCAGUUCCCCUCAAGCAGUUCCCCUCAAGCAGUUCCCCUCAAGCAGUUCCCUUCAAGCAGUUCCCCUCAAGCAGUUCCCCUCAAGCAGUUCCCUUCAAGCAGUUCCCCUCAAGCAGUUCCCCUCAAGCAGUUCCCUUCAAGCAGUUCCCUUCAAGCAGUUCCCCUCAAGCAGUUCCCCUCAAGCAGUUCCCUUCAAGCAGUUCCCCUCAAGCAGUUCCUCUCAAGCAGUUCCCAUCAAGCAGUUCCCCUCAAGCAGUUCCUAUCAAGUAGUUCCCCUCAAGCAGUUCCCUUCAAGCAGUUCCCCUCAAGCAGUUCCCCUCAAGCAGUUCCCCUCAAGCAAUUCCCUUCAAGCAGUUCCAGUGUGGUCAAUCACCAGUGUGUGAUUAUUGUGGUCUCCUUCACUAUCCUAGCAGUAAAAUAG